GUGUGGCUGUUUCCUGUCGGACCCACAUAGACGUGGGACCGCAUUUCCUGACGUUUGUCUGCGUCUAAAUCCCGUUAACGUUGUUUUAAUUUUGUUUUUGGUUCCGGGACGUGAAUAUUUGUUAAAUUCAAACAUUAUUCGGCUGAUUCUGAAAGACUCUGGACCGGAACAUGAACUAAACCCGAAACGCGCGAGGACCCGGAGCCGCGGCGCGUGAGAACCGCUACGUGUCCAGCCUCAGCUUGCGGCCGACGGCCCGGUCCGGUUCCGUGAGUGAAAGCUCUGAGAUCCAGAAUGGAGGCCGGUUCGAUUCCCAUCGUGACGCAGAGAUGAGGAAAAGGGAGGCCAGGGAAGCUCCGAACCAAAGCCGCCCGCCGUGAAGAGCUCCAGAACCGAGCCUGAAGCAGCCGAACCGGACUUUGAAGAUGAUGUAUUCAUCAAGGAGGAAGCCCGUGUUGUACUUCAAAGAGGAACGAAGGCGAUGCACCGUCUACAAGCUGUUCGGCCUGUGCAUGCUGCUGCUGCUCGCCUCUCUGCUCUGGCUGCAGCUCAGCUGUUCUGCCGACCCGUCCUCGCCGCCGCAGCACGACACGCGCGCCCCGCAGGAGCAGCCGGCGCUGCGGCCCUGCCCCGCGGCCCCCCCGGCAGAGGAAGAUCCCUCCUGGGGUCCCCAUAAGAUGGCGCUGGUGGUGCCGUUCAGGGAGCGCUUCGAGGAGCUGCUGGUGUUCGUUCCCUUCUUGCACGCCUUCCUGAACAAAAAGAAGAUUCGCCACAAGAUCCUCGUCAUCAACCAGGUGGACCACUACAGGUUUAACCGAGCAUCGCUCAUCAACGUGGGAUACCUGGAGAGCGGCAACGACACCGACUACCUGGCCAUGCACGACGUGGACCUGCUGCCCCUCAACGAGGCCCUGGACUACGGCUUCCCCGAGGACGGGCCCUUCCACGUGGCCUCGCCGGAGCUCCACCCCCUCUACCACUACAAGACCUACGUGGGAGGAAUCCUGCUGCUCACCAAGAAGCACUACCGCAUGUGUAACGGGAUGUCCAACCGGUUCUGGGGCUGGGGUCGCGAGGAUGACGAGUUCUACAGGCGGCUGAGGAAGGCGGAGCUCCAGCUGUACCGGCCCAGCGGCAUCACCACGGGGUCCAAAACCUUCCUCCACCUCCACGACCCCGCCUGGAGGAAGAGGGACCAGAAGAGGGUGGCGUCCCAGAAGCAGGAGCAGUUCAAGGUGGACCUGGAGGGGGGGCUGACCAACCUCAGGUACGCGGUGGAGUCCCGGCAGGAGCUGACCAUCGGCGGCGCGCCCUGCACCGUCAUCAGCACCAAGCUGGAGUGCGACCAGAGCCAGACGCCGUGGUGCCUGCUGGGCUAGAGCUCUGUCGUCACGGCGACGGUAACGGCGUCCAGCCGCUGACCCUUACUUCCACUGAACUGAUGAAGGCGGCGGGGGGAUCAGAGUCGGGGCUCCUUUAGAACGUUUGACGGCGUUUUCCAGACCAGAGUGAACUUUGUGUCCCGCUCUCUGCGGUUCAGUGGCGCUGAGCGGAGCGGGCGUCUCAGCAGGUGACCCCGACUCAAACACCUGCAGCUGGACUCUGCAAACGCAGCCCUGCACGCCAAAAUAAAGACGUCCAGUUUUC